UGAGCGUGGCCAAAUCACAAAAUCUGAUAGUAAUAGUCUCCAUUGUUGCGCUAAUACCUCUCGCUUUCUCUUACUGCCAGCGCUUUCUCCCGUCUGACCACUGACCAGGGAAUUGUUAUCUGCAAUGGUCUUCUUCAGGAGCGUCUCUGCGCUCUCCAAGCUCCGUUCUCGCCUUGCGCAACCGUCUAGUCUCAGCGGUUCCGUACGAUGGCUUCAAGUCCAAACCUGUUCUGAUCUUGACCUUCAUUCCCAGUUGAAGGAAUUGAUUCCAGAACAACAGGAACGCCUGAAGAAACUGAAGGCAGAAUGUGGAAAGAUUCAACUAGGGAAUAUUACUGUCGAUAUGGUACUUGGUGGAAUGAGAGGAAUGACAGGGUUGCUGUGGGAAACCUCGUUGCUUGACCCAGAUGAAGGAAUUCGCUUUAGGGGUAUGUCUAUCCCUGAAUGCCAAAAAGUAUUACCAAAUGCAGCACCUGGUGGAGAGCCUCUGCCUGAGGGUCUGCUUUGGCUUCUUUUGACAGGAAAGGUACCGACUAAAGGGCAAGUAGAUGCUUUAUCCAAGGAAUUGAGCACUCGUGCCACUGUUCCAGAUCAUGUUUAUAAAGCCAUAGAUGCCCUACCUCAGUCAGCUCAUCCAAUGACCCAGUUUGCAACGGGUGUCAUGGCCCUUCAGGUUCAGAGUGAAUUUCAGAAGGCAUAUGAGAAGGGGAUUCCAAAAUCAAAGUACUGGGAGCCAACAUAUGAGGAUUCUCUUAGUUUGAUUGCUCAAGUACCAGUUGUAGCUGCUUAUGUUUAUCGAAGGGUAUACAAAAAUGGACAAGUUAUACCCAAGGAUGACUCUUUGGAUUAUGGUGCAAAUUUUUCACACAUGUUGGGAUUUGAUAGUCCAAAAAUGCAAGAGCUAAUGAGGCUUUAUGUCACCAUCCAUAGUGAUCAUGAAGGCGGGAAUGUCAGUGCUCACACUGGUCAUCUAGUUGCUAGUGCAUUGGCAGAUCCUUACCUUUCAUUUGCAGCUGCAUUAAAUGGUCUAGCUGGCCCACUCCAUGGUUUGGCUAACCAGGAAGUUUUGCUUUGGAUCAAAUCUGUGGUAGACGAGUGUGGAGAGAACAUAAGCACAGAACAGUUGAAAGACUAUGUCUGGAAAACAUUAAAAAGUGGCAAGGUUGUUCCUGGGUUUGGGCAUGGAGUUUUGCGUAAAACAGAUCCAAGAUAUAUGUGUCAAAGGGAGUUUGCAUUGAAGCACUUGCCUGAUGAUCCACUGUUCCAGCUGGUUUCAAAGCUUUAUGAAGUGGUGCCUCCUAUUCUUACUGAGCUUGGCAAGGUUAAAAACCCAUGGCCCAAUGUCGAUGCUCACAGUGGGGUCUUGCUGAACCAUUUUGGUUUACACGAAGCACGAUAUUUUACUGUUCUUUUCGGGGUAUCAAGGAGUAUAGGGAUCUGCUCUCAGUUAAUAUGGGACCGUGCUCUUGGAUUGCCCCUUGAGAGGCCAAAAAGUGUUACAAUGGAAUGGCUUGAAAACCACUGCAAGAAAGCAGCCGCCUAAUUCUAAAACUCGAUAUAGGCAGAGAGUAACAAUGUAAAGUAGUUUUGAUAAUAAUGGCGCAAAAGGUACAGGCUUUGUGGGUGAUGGAGGAAUGCUUAAAGUCGAGAGCUUUGUAAGGUUAUAAGUUGCGCCUUGGGUUCAACCUUCUGGCUGGUGGGAGUUUCUUCCACUAAUUUUGAAUUUAGUUAAACGGUUUAAUUCUUGUUCUUUUAGUUCUAAAUUGUUUGGUUUUCACGGGUUUUCAAUGGUGUAUUUGAGGAAAACAUCAAUUGGGGUUUAAUGACCUUUGAAUAAAUGCAGUUUUAAUAUGGUCAUAUAUUUGGAUGA